AUGUCUGAGAAGGUUGAAAAGGAGAUUGGAGAGCAGAUCACGAAGCUGGAUCUUUCGGAAUACAGGAGCAUCGAGCUAUCAAAGCUCAGCAAGGAAAACAUUGGCCAAAAGAUCCGGACAUUUGGAUGGGUUGCGAAUGUAAGGUCCCAAUCUACCAUAACAUUCAUUGAGCUAUAUGCACAUUACAGGACUGUGAAGUGUGUAUAUCAGAAGAAGAUGCACCUGACGAUGUGCACGUCCAUGACUGUCUAUGGGACUGUGUCGAAGAACUUCGGGAAGAAGGAUGCCCAUGAGUUUGAGAUACAGGUCGAAGGAGUCGAAAUAUACAACGGGGCUAUAGCCCCGUCCUUCCCACUGAACGAAGACUCAUCUGUAAACGCCAUACUUACCAAUGGACAUCUGGGGCUCCGAACAAAGAAGCGCCAGCUGUUCCUUAAGGCCAGAGGACACCUUCUGAAAAUUAUCCGAGACUUUUACUUUGAAGGGGAGUACACCGAGGUCACACCACCCACGAUGGUCCAGACUCAGGUAGAGGGAGGAAGUACGCUUUUCAAGCUGGAUUACUAUGGCGAAGAUGCCUACUUGACGCAGUCGUCUCAGCUUUACUUGGAAACGGUGGUGCCUGCUUCCCACCGCGCAUACUGCAUCAUGCCGUCGUACCGAGCUGAGAAGAGCAGGACAAGAAGGCACUUGAGCGAGUACACUCAUGUUGAGGCGGAAAUGGCAGACAUUGAUCUAGACGGACUUAUAUCAUCCAUCGAGGCCUUAGUGUCGUACUCGAUGAGGAGAUUUUAUGAGGAGAUGAAAAGCGAUAUUUUGAGUGUGUUUCCUGAGUUUGAGUUUCACAAAGUUCCAAGGACCCCCUUCAAGAGAAUCAAGUACUCAGAGGCAAUUGAGCUCCUGAAAAGCAAGGGAUACAAGAAGGAAGACAACACUGACUUCGAACUCGGAGACGAUAUCCCUGAUGCUGCAGAGAGGUACCUUGUUGAGGUUGUGGGGGACGGAUGUCCUGUAUUCCUGACCCAUUUCCUCGUAGGGCACAAGCCUUUCUACAUGAGGAAGGACGAGAAUGAUAAGGGUUUGACAGAAAGCACUGAUCUUCUGUUUCCAGGAAUUGGAGAGAUUCUUGGGGGCUCGAUGAGGCAGGACACCUAUGAAGAUCUUAUUGAAGGAUUUAGGAGAGAAAACAUAAAUAUCGAUCCGUACUACUGGUAUCUCGAUAUGGCGAGGUUUGGCCCGUGCAAGCAUGGAGGAUAUGGCCUUGGGUUUGAGAGGUUCCUGAUGGGCCUCAUGAGGUACGAAAGCGUUGAUGAGGCAACGCUCUAUCCAAGAAAGGUUUCGAGAUGCCAGCCCUAG